UACCACAAACCGGUCUCCUUAGGGAUGUAAACAAUAUGGCGACUAAAGCAAGUGCUUUUACGUUCAGCACGUACAAAAACGGAGAUCCACAAGAUGAUGAUGACAACAGACCAAAUGCUAUGGGUAAAUCACCACUUGGCUUAGCAUGUACAUAUGGACAGUUAGAAGAAGCUGAAAAACAACUAAAGGCAGGAGCUAAUCCUUUAGAUAAGAGUGUAAAUGGUAGAACAGCUCUACAUGAUGUUGUUGUUGGAGGAUAUAAAGACUGCUUAAAACUCUUGUUAGACUACACAGCAGAGGUCAAUAUUAGGGACAGGGAUGGAAUGACACCAGGGCAUGUGGCAGCUUUUAAUGGAGAGCUUGGAUGUAUCAAAAUUUUACAGGACAGAGGUGGCAGUUUAGUAUCAGAAGAUAGGAAGGGUAGACAAAUAGCCCACUAUGCUUCCAUGAGAAACCAUAAAAAGAUUCUACAGUAUUUAUUUGAUCAGCGAGUAGACUUAGAUUGUCGUUGUCAUCUAGAUAAAACUCCAGUUCAUUAUGCUGCCCAACAUGGUUCUUUGGAAUCAGUGAUUUUAUUAGUACAGAGAGAUUGUGAUAUCACUAUAGCAGAUAAUAAUGGAUACUUGCCAGCACACCAUGCAGCUAAGCAUAAUAAAGUAGACUGUUUACGGUUCUUAGUCAAACAGGGAACACCACUAGAGGCUACACAAUCUGAUGGAAAAAGUCUUGCACAUGUAGCAGCCCAGUUUGGAGCAUUAGAUGUUGUACACUGGUUAUUUGAUAAAGGAGCAAACCCAAAUCAGCAAGAUCAUUUUGGUAAUACACCUGGUCACUAUGCCUGUGAAGGAGGAAAACCUGAAUGUUUAAGUUGUUACAUAUUUCAUGGAGGUGAAAUAGACAUACAGAACAUAAAAGGAGACACACCCCUAGAUUCUGCUAAAAAGUCUGGUCAUCCGUUACUAAUGGAGAAAGCAUUAACAAGAGAGAAGCCCUGUGAUACAUGUUACAAGAAACAUAAGAAAGUAGAAUGGGAUAGAUCACAUCCUCUGGCUCCAGUAGAGAGACAACUGACCACAGCAAAAUCUACAGCAUAUAAAAAUCCUGUUCCAAACCAAGAGAGAGAACCUACACAGCUACAGAUCAACUUAAAGAAAAGAGAGAAAAGAUUAGAGAAGUUAUUACCUAAAAAGACAGGUCCAGAACGUGAUGUGGGAGCAAAGUAUUUUGGAGAAUUUUUAGAUCCACUUGAUGUGUUCGCUUACAAAUCAACAGAAGAUGCUAUUAGAUUUUAACCUUUGAUUCAUACUGAUUGAUCUUUCCACAUGCUCCAAAACUACAUCUUUAGUCUUUUUUUAUAGCUCAUGCAUGUUUCAAACCUUAACUAUAAAAAUAAAUUUGAUAUGUAAGUGGCAUAUUGCAAGUGAUUAUGGGUUAAGGAAAUUAUAUAUAAUAAAUCCUAUUCAAAAUCAAAAUUUGACUGAAAUCAAUUCAUUUCUGUUAUCUGUACCUAUAAUUUAUGAAGAGCUUAUCAUUGAUAGUAUAGUGAUUGUCACAGUUGUUUUUGUGUACAUUUUGCAUGUAAAUGAGUGAUCACAAUGUGUUGUGAAUGUUCACAGUAGAAUUAAUAUUGUAAAUUGUUUAACUUCAUGGAGAAAUCUUACUAUUUGUCAUAAAAAAAAAUUUACAUUGUCCAGAUAAUUUCAUUAUUAUUUUAUAACUUUAUUAUCAAGAUUUAUAUUCAUUAUCAAUUGUUAUUUUACAUAAAUGUGAUAGUUUUAUUACUUUAUUGUCAAGAUUAUUUAUUAUCCAUUGUUACUUGUUAUAAUUAACCAAUGAAAUUUUAUAUUUUUUAUACAGCUGCUGAACUUUUUAUUUAUCUUAAUUAAAGCUUUUUCAGAAAUAACUGGCUCGAAGACACUUUUAUUAAAAUUUGAUGGGUGGUGGUUAUUCUUGACAAAUAGCCUUAAUAUGAAAUAAUCAAUUAUUAUAUGAUAUAAUCAAUUAAAAUUUUAUGCAUAGUGGGGUUUAAAAAAAAGUGCCUUUCGAUCCCCCUCUCAUAUAUUUAUUUCUGAAAAAGCCCUUGCUAGCAAGUAAAUAUAAAAGUAGCUUAAAUCCACAUCAUUUGGACUCUGGUCAAUCAUACCACAUCUAUAUUUUUAUUUAAAUAAUCAACUUUAGAUUAAAUUAAUUUUUGAAGUUGAUAAAUAAAGCAUGUCUUUAUUAGUAUGAAUAAAAGGAGAUAUAGGAUAUAUUAUGUAUUGGCAGCUUUAUGCCAUGGCAGUUUGUUUUCCACUUAUGAGUUUGAAUGUCCCUUUGGUAUCUUUCGACUCUUUUUUAUCCUAUUAAGUAAUUUGGUAAGUAAUGGAUAUGUUAAAAUACAAGUCUUAAUUAAUUUAAAAUUCAAAACUUAAUCUUUUGAGAGGGUUUUGGAAAAUUACAAAAACAUCACUGAGUUCUCUGUAUCCUGCUGAGCAAAACAUUGUUGAGAUAUUCUUUCAAAUCAUUGCCUAUGAAGUUAAACUUAAAGUUGACUAUGCAUAUUUUUGUAUCCAUAUAUAAUUCUCAUAAAUAUUUUGUUUUGUUGAUCACUUUGUUGUUGUAUUUUGAAUAAAUUAUUUUUAAAACAUGUA